AUGACAAUCUCAUACGAUGAGGAAUUCUCCUCAUUGAUGCUCCGAUGGCGAGGUUCAAUUUGGAAAGCUGUUCUUCAAGAUCUCAUCGGAUUCUAUGUCUUGUAUUAUAUUGUUUUGACGUCGCAAUACUAUUUAUUGGAUGAACAAGGGAAAGAAUAUUUUACGGGGUGGAUUACGUGGUGUGAAACUGGGUGCGGCUAUAUUCCACUGUCGUUUUUGUUGGGUUUCUUCGUUUCGGUUAUUGUCUCAAGAUGGUGAGGAGGGGAGGGGUUUGGAAAAAUAGGGUCAGAAAUUCGGAAAGAAACUUGAAAACUAGAAAUCCUUGUUCAAAUACAUUUUGAAAUGAAAUUCUGAACUGUGAGCUUAUGAAUUAAUUUACAUAGGCUCACAAUUCGAUUUUCAAAAUUCUGACUUGGAGUUCAGAAAUUUAAAGUCACUUAGUUUUUUAUCUAGAAUUUUUUUUCCUCAAACUUUUUAUUUCUGAAACCCAAAGUCAGUUUCCAGAUUUCUUAUCAAAAUCUUUUUUUUUCUGCCCAAAAUCAUAAAAUCGAACUUCAAGGUCAACAUUUGUUACCAAUUUGUAUUUAGUACAUACAUACUUGAAAUCAUUUUUCACACUAAUUUUGCUAACGAAUUCGCUGAUCUGGUUGAAGACAGAUAAACCUAUCCCGAACACGUGGCCUAGAAAACCAAAUUUCUUCCAGGUGGGAACAAUUUAAUUGGAUCUCAUGGCCCGACAAACUCAUGCUUAUGGUAGCCGCCUGUCUUCCGGGCAACGAAAAUUUGGCUGUUCGCCAAACAAUUGCUCGAUGGAGCACACUUCAAGCCGCAAUCGCUUGGGCUGGAAUUUCAGUUCGCACACUGAAAAGAUUUCCAACUGAACGACACAUGGUUGCUGCGAAAAUUAUGACCGAAGAGGAAUAUGAUUUGUAUAUGAGUACAGAUGCUCCGCAGGGAAAAUGGUUUGUGCCAACAAUUUGGAUUAUUAAUUUGAUCAAAAAGCAGAAACAGGAGGGAAAGAUUGAUUCGGUACAGAUGGACAUGUUAUUGAAGAUGGUGAGUUAAUUUUGAGAACAAAUAAGACUAGGGAUACAAAUUGAUGUGUGGAUUAACAGAAAAUUUGAGAUUUUCUAUAUCUUAUAAGCUAACCUCAGGCUUCUGAAAAUACUUCUGAUAUCAUUAUACAAAUCUUGUAUUCUGGAAAUUCUGUUUAACCCCAAAUUAUAAGUAUAGUCUAGUAUUGGAUUGUUUUUCUGACAUGAGAUAUAUAACCUUGAAAAAAACAUAUUGGUUUAAUUGGAAUUUGAUAUGAUUAGUGAAAUCGGGUACAAAUUAUUCGGUUUUGAAAAAAGUGGAAUACUGUGAAAUAAAACUAUUCUGUUUAACCCCAAUAAUCAUAACUUUUAGCCUAGAAGACUAAGCCCGGAAGCUUGAGCCUAGAACCCUCUUUUAUCCAUCCAACCGCCUAAUUUUUCUUCAGGUCUACAGUUACCGUGAUGGAUUCGCUAUGCUCUUUGUCUACGAUUGGAUAAAAAUCCCACUUGUCUACACCCAGGUCGUUGCCAUCGCCACCUAUGGAUACUUUUUCAUCUGUCUGAUCGGUCGUCAACCAAAACUCGAUCAAAAAUCAAUGGAAAAAGAGAUCACAAUUUUAUUCCCAAUCUUCACCACAUUCCAAAUGCUCUUUUAUUUGGGUUGGUUGAAAGUCGGACAAUAUUUGAUGAAUCCAUUCGGUGAAGAUGAUGAUGAUUUUGGUAAGCAUUUUUUGGGGUUUUUCUGCAAAACUUCUACCGAAUUUCCUGUUUGGGGCGGUGUAGGAAACAGCGAAAAAAUUUGAAGGUUAUUUGUUUUCAAUGUUAGCGGCGGGAAGUUGAUAAGUUAGAAGAACACAUUGAUUGUUGGUUAAUUUUUUGAUUGUAAUCAUGUUAUUUUAUUAUGUGUAUGUGUUUUGUUGUUUGACUGCUCGAAGAUUGAAUUAAUUUUUCACAUCGUUUUUGAAAUAAUUUCACUUCAUCAUAUUUUGAAACGUAUAAUUUUUGUAUUCUCUGGAAACUCAGGAAUCUGAACUUACUUAAGAUGGAAUAAAAUUUAGGUAGAGUUUUUGUCUGAGAACUUGAACAUUUUGUAGGAAGUUUUAAAAACUUCGCAAGACUCUAAAAAUAUCCCAAAAGUCCUCCGGAACUUUUCUUCAACCACAAUCCUUUCAAUAUUACAGAGCUCAACUAUGUUCUUGACCGUAAUACCGCCGUCGCCCACAUGAUGGCUACCGAACUUGCCGAUCAACUUCCAAGCAUCGGUGCUCCAUCACUCCCCACAAUCCCACACACCCGUGCUUCAUUCAAAAUCCAAGAUGUGAUUCCGAAAUCUCAUCUAGCUGGAUUUGAACUAACUGAGGGUGAUAUGAAAUUGAUCAAACCCGAAGAUUUUGCCGAACAGGAAAAAUUGCUGGAAGAAGAAAGACAGGCAAAUCGCCAAAGACUUGGGUCAUUGGUAAGAUCUAUGGAUCGCAAAAAUCGACGAACCACCAGUGAUGAUUAA